CCGGGGGCAGGUCUGGUAACGGAAAGGGGAGGGGCAUCACUCUGAGGAGAGGCCUCAUGCCUCAGGCGGCAGAGGCAGGUAGCUGAGCAGGACCCGAGCGCAGGCAAAGCGGGAGAUGGCUGAUUCUGACCCUGGGGAAAGAAACUAUGACAACAUGCUGAAAAUGCUGUCAGACCUGAAUAAAGACUUGGAAAAGCUGUUGGAAGAGAUGGAAAAAAUCUCAGUGCAGGCCACGUGGAUGGCAUACGACAUGGUGGUGAUGCGCACCAACCCCACGCUGGCGGAGUCCAUGCGGCGGCUGGAGGACGCCUUCCUCAACUGCAAGGAGGAGAUGGAGAAGAACUGGCAGGAGCUGCUCAAUGAGACCAAACACACGCAGUAGGCCCCGGGGCAGAGCAGCAGUGACCCCAACUCAUGGCCUGGGCACAGAACUUGUUUCUCAUUAAACUUAUUCUCAAGCA